AUGCCUUACAUGAUUCAGCUUAUAAUGGACAACCAAAGACUUCCGUGCCUUUAUAAUCUCUUCGCACAAGAUUAUGGAAUGAGCAUCAGAAAAGGAGCAUCCUGGAUGAUUUCGAAUCUUACUCUCAUAAAUGCAGAUCAAGUACAGCUUAUAAUGGACAACCAAAGACUUCCGUGCCUUUAUAAUCUCUUCGCACAAGAUUAUGGAAUGAGCAUCAGAAAAGGAGCAUCCUGGAUGAUUUCGAAUCUUACUCUCAUAAAUGCAGAUCAAGUACAGCUCAACACCCAUCUUGCCGCCACCAGAGCCGUGGUUGGUGAAUGGGGCAUAAGUAAUGAGCUUCAGGCUGUUAUUGAGAGCAACAUCAUCAGUCCUCUAGUGUUUUUACUUGGACAUGCUGAAUCUCAAAUCAAGGAAAAGGUUGCUUGGGCUAUUUCAAAUGUUGCUCGAUGGGGUUAUAGGGGACAGAUUCGGUACUUGGUAAGCAAAGGUUGCAUCAAGCCACUUUGUGAUCUUAUAGAUUGCGAAGAUGUGAUACUUGUAAUUGAGUGCAUGAAGGGCCUGGAGUGCAUUUUAAGAGUAGGAGAAGCUGAGAAACAGCUUCACGGGGUCAAAGCAAAUAAUUAUGCACGGAUGAUUGAGCAAUGUGGAGGGUUAUCUAAGAUUAUGAGGCUUCUAGUCAACGACAGAACUGGCAACAAUUUAGAUGGAUAUGGUAUAGAGAUUUUGCAGAUGGCUGAUAAUAUUUUCGAGAGCUAUUUCUAUGACGAAGAGGAGUAAGAGAGAACGUUCCAAAUAGACGAGACAAGCUCAUCUCAAGUUUAAAUUUGGAACUAACCAAGCAGUUCAUGGCAUUGGUUUUUAUGUUUCCUAGCACCUAUUUUCCAUCAUCUUCCUCCUUUCUGUAAAGAAAUAUUCCAUAGUUAGAUGUGAGUCUUGAAAGUUGAAUUUUUAUUUAGAUUGUUCUUCAGAGCAUCAACUGGUGAACCUCAGCUUUCAGGACACCAUCAUGAUGGCGGUCCAUUUUCCUUGUAGGACUGCCUUAACUUGUGCUAUACAUUGCGAUGAUGACUUACCAAG